AACGAAAAUAUCGACCGCGCAUUCCAACCCUCUUCCACUUAACAGGGCACUAUUCCACGGACUUCUUUCCAUCUUUACAGCCUGAACACUGUGAUUCUAGAGUCUUCAACUGGCGCAUCACCGCCUGCCUAUACCAACAUGGCGAGCGGAGACUUCCUUGCUGGAAGUGUGGAUCCUGAAACCCUCUACACAAAGCAGUCAUGUAUUGGAGGUGGCAGUUUUGGGAAGGUGUACAAAGGGGUAGACAAGAGAACAGGACAGGCCGUCGCCAUCAAGGUCAUUGAUGUCGAAAACGCUGAAGAUGAGGUUGAGGAUAUCAUCCAAGAGAUCGCCAUCCUGUCUGAGUUGCAUUCUCCUUAUGUGACCAAGUACUAUGGGUCCUACCUGAAGGGAUCGGACCUGUGGAUUAUCAUGGAGUUCUGUUCGGGUGGCAGCUGCCAGGACCUAAUGAAACCAGGGCUCAUUUCUGAAGAGUAUAUCACCAUUAUUAUCAGAGAGCUCUUGAUGGGACUCGAGUACCUACAUGGGGACAACAAAUUACAUCGGGAUAUAAAAGCUGCCAAUAUCCUCCUUGGAGCGAAUGGCCAAGUCAAGCUCGCUGAUUUCGGUGUUUCCGGCCAACUCUCCGCAACGAUGACGAAGAAGAACACAUUUGUAGGCACGCCUUUCUGGAUGGCCCCGGAAGUCAUCAAGCAGUCAGGCUAUGAUCACAAGGCGGACAUCUGGUCCCUUGGUAUUACCGCCCUCGAACUCGCCAAUGGCGAACCUCCGUAUGCGGAUAUCCACCCCAUGAAGGUCCUAUUCCUCAUCCCGAAAAAUCCACCGCCGCAGCUCCAUGGUACCUUCUCCCGCGCCUUCAAAGACUUCGUCGAGCUGUGCCUCAAGAAGGAACCUCGCGAACGUCCAUCCGCCAAAGACCUGCUGAAACAUUCCUUCGUCCGCCGCGCCAAGAAGACAACUUAUUUGACGGAGCUAAUCGAACGCCGUGAGCGCUACGUCGCGCAGAAAGGCGGAAAAGACUCCGAUGACGAAACGGAAGACGAUUCCUCCACCGACGGCGAUGCCUCGCGCUUGUCUAACGAAGACCUGUGGGACUUCGGCACCGUCAAACCCGUCAACAACCGCGCGGCCGCCCUCCAAGACCUCAACGACGCCGCCGCCAACGCCCGCACGACGCACCACUCUCCCGCCCCCUCCCCGACCAAAAUCGAUCGAUUCGACUUCGCCAACCCCCUCCCCAAGCGGUCCGGCUCCGGUGAGGAGAACCGUGCCCCGGGCGAGCCGCAGCGGCAGCCACGCGUCCCGUCGGCAAGCACGCUCCGCAUCCGGGCACCGCCAGCGCCUCUACCUGCAUCGCCGAAGCGCCAGAGCGGUAUCGAUGGAACGGUCGUGCAGGAAUCGCCAACCCGUGCGGCGAAGAUCCCGUUGCCGCCGUCGCCGGAGAAAGGGCGACUGGAGAAGACGUUCGUGCCGCUGACACCGUCAAAACAGAUACGGGAUGAGAUGCUGCUGGGAGAAGAACGGAGAGUCACGCAAGAGGCGUCGCGAUUGGAUGGGUUCUUGCAGCGGGGAAUGGCCGGGUUGAACAUCCAUUCCGGACCGCAGAGGAGCCCGGUGGUAGUUUCGCAGCAGUCACCGUCUCACCGUCCCUCGACUCCAAAGCGGCACGAUGAAAUCCCGCUGCCAUCGUUCGAAGUGCCACGGGCUCGACCGUACCGAACCGUGCAAGAGCAGGCCCCUCCCCCGAAGCUUUCCACGCCGAUCACCCUGCCUCCUAUCCCGCCAUUCAAAGGCAACCCUCCCCGCCCAUCCCACGACCUCCCAUCCCACUCCUCCCUCAACCCACAAAAGCCCCUCCCCUCCUUCUCCCCUCCACCCCAACCAUUCACCCCACCCCACCCCCACCCCUCCCCCUCCCACCACCCGUCCCCACUCUUCCCCUCACCCCACCUCUCCACUCCCUCUCAAAACCAACCCCCCCCCGGCUCCCUCCCCAUCCCCACUCCCACCCCCCUUUCCAACAUAUCCACCCCACCCUCAACCCACCCCCCUCCACCUCCCCUCCACCCCCAACAAACCCCCGACAUCACCGCCCUCACCUCCGUCGUCCUCCCCGCCCUCGAAGAAGCCCUCCGCCGCCGCAGCGCCUCCGUGCACCACGCGCAAACCGCCUCCCGCCGCGCCGAGACCCACACCGACGCGUCCCGCGCGCAUGCCGACGCGCUCCGCACCCAGCGCGAGGCGCACGAGCAGAUCCGUCGGCUGGUGGGGAAGGCGGCGCGGGUGUUUCGGGAGAUCGAUGCGUGGGAUGCGGCCGGGCCGGUUGAGAUGGGUGGGGGAGUGGUGAGUUUUUUGGAGGGGAUGUUGGAGGAGGUGUUGGUUAGGGUGGAGGUGGGGGAUGAGGAAUAGGAGUGAGGAGUGAGGAGUGAGGAAUGAGUGGAGGGAUGAUGAUGGUCAUGGCUGAUGCUUUAUGAUGGAUGAUGGAUGAUGGAUGAGUGAUGGGUAGGGCGGACUGGCGGGAUGGACGAUUGAUCGAUGCGAUACGGAUGACAUCGGCGCUGCUGAAGUGAGCCUUUUCUGUUUUUGUGCGGCUCGCUGGGCGUGGCUUGUGGUAUUUUUUCUACGGACGACAACGGCGUUUCAGGGGCAGUGAUGGGCCCGAGUAGCAAGUCAUACAAUCGAUGCACGUUUGGCGAAGCGGAUUUUAUUGCUGUGGUUUACUUCGAACUAUAGGCGGUGGGUAAGAACAAUAGCAGCUAUUCUGAUGUGGAAUUCUCAUAAUGGGUGAUAGGUGAAUGGUAUUUGACUAAGUAUUAUCAACAUGAAUUUCAUUCAACUAGGG